CCAGCUGGCGUCAGCGCCGCACGGGAGCUGGGCGGGGCGGGCGCGUGGUUUUCCGCCUCCGACGUGUUUCCGGCCUUAAAGGCAUUUUGCCCUUCCCUUUAAGACGCACCGCCCCCUCUCAGUCACUCCCAAGAUGGCGGACCUACUGGGCUCCAUCCUGAGCUCCAUGGAGAAGCCACCAAGCCUCGGUGACCAGGAGACUCGGCGCAAGGCCCGAGAGCAGGCAGCCCGCCUGAAGAAACUGCAGGAGCAAGAGAAACAGCAGAAAGUGGAGUUUCGUAAAAGGGUGAGAACAACCGGAGAGAUGAAAGGCAGGCUUCAGGAAGGACUUCCAAAAAGUUAGAAUUGGAAGGCUGAGGACUUAGCUUUUGUUUGUUUGUUUGUUGUUUUCCUUUUUGGCUGCCCAGUGGCAUAUGGAGUUCCUGGGUGAGGGAUCAGAUCUGAGCCACAUCUGUGGCAACGCUGGAUCCUUUAACCCACUGUGCCUGGCCAGGGAUCAAACCUGCGUCCUGGUGCUACAGAGAUGCUGCCGAUCCCAUUGCGCCUCAGCAGGAACUCCAGGACUUAGUUUUUUUGGAAAAUGUCUUGAGAGAGGUGAAGCCUGGAAGCCAGGGGCACGGAGGGCUGGGAAAGGGGUGGGAGGCAGAGGCGGGGAGAGGGGGAUUGGGGUGGAGCCAUCGUCUUGUGUCUUCUUCCCUUUUCCCUGUACCAAGAUGGAGAAAGAGGUGUCAGAUUUCAUCCAAGACAGUGGGCAGAUCAAGAAAAAGUUUCAGCCGAUGAACAAGAUAGAGAGGAGCAUACUACACGAUGUAGUAGAAGUGGCUGGUCUGACCUCCUUCUCCUUCGGGGAAGACGAUGAGUGUCGCUAUGUCAUGAUCUUCAAAAAGGAGUUUGCACCCUCAGAUGAAGAGCUGGAUUCCUACCGUCGUGGUGAGGAGUGGGACCCCCAGAAGGCCGAGGAGAAACGGAGGCUGAAGGAGCUGGCCCAGCGGCAGGAGGAGGAGGCAGCACAGCAGGGACCUGUGGUAGUGAGCCCCGCCAGUGAUUAUAAGGACAAGUACAGCCACCUCAUUGGCAAGGGGGCAGCCAAGGAUGCGGCCCACAUGCUGCAGGCCAACAAGACCUAUGGCUGUGUGCCUGUGGCCAACAAGAGGGAUACACGCUCCAUUGAAGAGGCCAUGAAUGAGAUCCGGGCCAAGAAGCGUCUGCGGCAGAGCGGGGAAGAGUUGCCACCUACCUCCUAGGCACCCCAGCUCCCUGGGGCAGGGCAGGGGCAGGGAGGGAAGAGGCUGCUGCUAUUAGAACCCAUCCUGGAGCCCCACCUCCUGACAGCUGUCACUCAGGCUGGGAGAAGCAGGUGUUUGAUUUGUUACUGUUGGAGGUUGUGUGUGUGUGUGUGUGUGUGUGUGUGUGUGUGUGUGUGUGUGUGUGUGUGUAAAAGAGUGUGAAUGCACAGGUGGGUAUUUAAUCUGUAUUAUUCUCCAUUCUCCUUGGAAUUUUCUUCCCCAUGGGGCUGGGGUUACUUUACAUUCAAUAAACACUGUUUGACCCA